GUUGGAGGGAGAUGCAAGUGUACAACUCGAGGCUUGCGAGGAUGAGAUGUAUCAAUAGAUACGAUUUAGGAUGUUUCGAGUAUGAAAUAAGGAUAUCGUUUAUUGGGAAGGAAAAGUAAACGGUUCUCGCGGAGAUGGUUACUCGCGGUUAAUAGGAAUUGUACGUUACCGUGGAUAAAUUAUUGGAUACGUGGCACGCACGUAGGGGAAAUAAAUCGACGGUCUAAUUACGGGACGAAAUUGACAAUCGUAUCGAUUGCACAGGCAUUGCUCCAUCGAGGUAAUUAUCGCUUAUCGCGAGUAUCCGCGGUAUUUUUCGCGAAACGAGUUAUGGGGCUAUUAUACUUGACCGAGUUGGAAGGAAACAUUUUUCGGUGGAAAAAACUCGUUGGAGCGAAACGGGCGACGAUAAAGAUAUAACGUCUACGAUCGGCGAACGCGCCCGUCGCUGCGUUACAAGGUGUUCGAAGCGGCUUAGGACCGUAUUUUAUUAACGUCCCACGUUUCGGCCGACUGGUUUUCGACUUCCUCGUUCCCCUCUCCCCGCCCGAAUCUCGUUUCUCGAUCGAAUUGGCGCGAGCUUCGUUGUCCCCGGACUCGGUCCAGAGAGAAAGAAGGAUCGUAAAUUAAUUCCGUUUUCCAACGCGUGAAUUUCUUUCGACGGACCGAUCACCGCCCGAGGCGAUCAAAAUUCGAAUCCGUCCUACCCCGACAAGCGAUCCCAAAUUGCUUUCGCGUAUUAAUCCCGCAAAAUUUACGAUCGAUACGAAACGUUGCGCAACGGACUUGGCCUCCGGUUUUGUUCCUCCGUCGAUAGAUUAGAAUCUAUCUAUAUGGUCUGCGACAUUUCGAAUCCGGGGCAAAGCCUCGCCCCGAUUAUUACGCCGCUCGAAUCUCAUUUUUCCACCUCUUCCUGUUCUCUUAUCUCCUCGUUUACAUCUAUCGCUACUUUCAGGCCACCAUCGCACGUAAAAAUGCUUGGACGAGAUUUUGAAUUCGAAUGCUAGAUUUAUCAGUAUCCCAGUUACGAAGAACUCGAUGGAAAGAACGAACGAGGAGAAGUAUUACGGGAGAGAAAGUAGUAGCGUAUCGACGAAUUGCGCGUGUCGCGUCUUGUUACGUAAUCCUAUUAUCCCCCUCCUUGGAACCUACACCCACCGUUUAAUUAAACGUCUGUCACUCUCCAUUCCUCCAAAUUACGUAAGCACGGGAUCGCGGCGAUAGAUGGAACACCUGCGCAGUGUUCUCCGAGCGAUCCCAAGGAACGCGCAUCGUAUCGGCGAACAAUGGGUGGAUUUCUCAAUCGUUGCGCCACGUAAUCGAUUAGGGUUCCUCCCGGCCCGCGCUAUCGUUGUAUCGCGGGAGGCGCGGCCGGGCAUUCGGCAAACCUAAUUGAAUGCGAAAUGGACGAGAGGACUCCCUCCCCCCUCGUUUGUGCAGGGGAAUUCGCGUAUUAAUUAACAAGCGCGGAUUCGUGCAUCGAAAGAUCACUCGAGCCGAGAUAAGAGAAGGAGGGGUCUUAGGAAUUCGCUCGUAUCGUAUCUCGAAUCGAUUCUGCUUCCUCGACGAUGGCCCCGUUUAUCGUCGAUUUCUUUCGCCGUUUCGAGGAAAGUAAUUCCAAGACGAGGGAAAUCCUCGCGACGAAAUCGAGGGAAAUUUUAAUCGAUAUCGCCUCUCGCGGAAGGAACGUUAACCGAGAGCGUGGAUGCGCGUUGCGCUCUUGGAGCCGUUUCCUGCCGUGUGUUUGUGCGCGUACAUAAGCAAACCUGUUGUUACCGCCCCUCCCCGCCAUUAUCUCUCUCACGCAUCGGCGCCGAUUUUUAUAGGCGAGGUGAUUCACGAGGCAAGUUCAUCAAGCCCCCUCCUCCCUUACCCUCCGUGGGCACACAAGCAGCGCGCGCUUUCACGGGAAUCAAGGGGAGAGGGAGAGGAAAGGUUAUUCCAUUCGCAUUCUCCGAUCAAAAUUGUCCGAACGUCUAUUUUACCGCGUGUAAUACGUCCCCUCCCCUUCUUUUUUCUCGUACCGUUGAUCGAUAAAGAAUUCGUACGCGUAGGACGGUACGGAAAGACGGCGAGAAGUGCGUUUGAAUCGAGCUACGUGGCAACGUGGUAGCAAGUGGCGGUCGUAUCAUUAAAACGCACGGAUAGAUGGAAAGAUAGACAGAGCCGACUGGUUGAAAUGGGGAGAGAAGCGUCCGGCACAAAUUUCUCUCGUCUAUAGAUUGGAAAUCAUUAAUAGGAGAGGUUAAGGAUGUAUAUCGGGGAAUCGCGAUUGGUGAAUCGGGUAACGGUGUUUCUGCCGCUCGUUAGCGUCUCUUUUCGCAUCGAUCGAUAUCGUCGCAAAACGGUGACGGCGCGUGGAAAAUAAUUCCCCCAAGGUUUCUUUCGGCGUUGCGCUGUUCCCGUUUCGCGCAACACUGUCGUUGGAAACGCUCCGACUGAUUAUUCGCGAAGGCCAAUUAAACCUCUUUGUAACUAGCUCACGACGCUGCUUAUACUUUCCAGCCUCUGCCUACUUGAAUUCCUACGCGACGAUCCUUGAUCGCUUCAUGUUUCCAUGAAAACCGCGAUACCUCGAAUACACUUUCGAACGUCUACGCUUUCAGGAGUAAGUAAACGUUGAAAAUAUUCGACACCCGUAUCGAAAUCGAUUCGUGUCGUUAUCGGCCCGUUCGAAUCUAGCAUCAGCUGUUACGCGGUCCACCCACAUACGCACACACUCGAACGGAGAAUUGCCUUUCUCACACGGUAACAGAGAAACGAUUGUGAAUUUUCGUGAAGAGAAAGAAAGUAUUCGUCUCUUAUGCGUCUGAUUUUAUGAAAUUCAACGCGUAUGAAAUUCGUGGAUGAAUCAUUUUCGCUUUCGAUCGAUGCGAAACGCGUAAUGGUAUACGAAUCGAGUGGAUGGAAGCCGAUGUCAGCGUGGUUCGAUGUCGAGUGAAAAGCAGCGGUGUUAUUUAUGGGCGUUGAAGAGGAUUGCGACGUCUUAUCGCGUUAACAAUCUUCGAGUCAAUGAAAAUGAUCACCGAUCAUUAUUACGUUCGAUGCAAUUCUCUUAUCACGUAACUUUUUCCGCCCGAGGACCCACGCAAAGAUCGAAGGAGUACGGACUCGUAACGACGCGCUUAAGAAGAAAGCUUUCUCGAAAUACCAGGGAUUAUUUCGUAACUGUUGUGAAAGAAGAAGAAGAAAAAAAAUAGAAAAGGCGGAUUUUAACGAUACGGGUGGAACGAGGCGCGAUAGAAUUCACGUAAAUCACGGGUACGACGCGUCCGAAACGAGAACUGGGAGGAUUAUAAAGACAAUGACCCCUGCAGCACGAGAGUCAGGUAGGGAGGCGCGACGCGAUAAUUCAAAGGGACGUCUAAUUCAUACGAGAAACUCGUUUUUUUAUCCCCGAGAGAGGAGAGUGAUCCGAAGCGUGCGCGCGGAGAAAAGAGAAGAGGAGAGUGGAAGGGCGAGCGGACAAAGAAUAAAUUACACGCAAUGUUCCACGACUUCCGCCGCCAUGGAAUCGAAAACGUCUCACUUACAGAGCUCGGGCCUAUCUCUAAAAAAGCCGAGCCGAGUAGAAGGUCACCCCUAUGUGACUCGAGGAGAGGAGGAAUCCGUGUAAACCCGCAUGCCCUCCCAACCCACUCUUUCUCUGCAACAAUUCAGAGACGCGACGCGGGCAACCAAGGAAAAAUUGGCAGCGAAAGCGAGCAAAGGGGAGAUCCGUGGCGGAAUCAAUAUCGGCUCGAUCGGGUAUCGAUAACGCCUCGUAAAUAUAAUAAAGACGCCUCGCCUCCUCCUCGGCCGUGCGCGAGGGCCGGUGCCCUAAGAGGAGAGAUAAUGGUCGAGGCCCUGGGCACCCGGUAGGCCUCAACCCCCUCUCCGCUCGCCGUCCUCUCCCUCCCUGCCGGCGGCGCAACACGUUGCGGCAGAGGCAACGCGAGAACCGAGUCAGUGAGAUUCAGCCCGAGCCGGCGAACGGUUGCCUCUCUCGCCGCGUCCCUCGACCGACGUCCCGGGAACACCGUCCACGCUUCUACCAACUCUCGUUUGCGCGUGUGCUCUCCCCUCCUCCCCUCUGUGGAUCUCUCAGCGCGGUUACUCUCUCGCAAACGCGCGUCUUUUGCGCUUGGGACGGAAACGAACGACGUCGAAACCGAGUUACGCGAAUCCCCGCAACACGUACGACACACAGAAGUGGAGGAGGAAAAGGAGAAGGAGAGGAGGAGGAUAUAUAUCCGUCGGUGGUGGCGAGCGGAGACUUCGACGACCGGUACGAAGGAUGUCGCGCGUGGUGGACCACCCUGACUGUCGUUGUCGUCACCGUGUACCGGUGACGACGAUCCUCGCCGCGAUCUUACGGUGAGAUCGCGCGGGCCCCGCGUGUGCGUGUCUCUGCUGCGCGAUCUUUUUCUCUUUUUUUUUUUCCUCCCCCUUUUCCUUCCCCCGCAUAAAUAGACUCUCGAUACUACGCCUCUCCGAUCUCGGAUUACGAGAAAACAGGUCCGCCAAACUGCUUACCUAUAUAUAUAUGUGCGUGUGUGGUGGUUUAUCGGUGAAGAUCUGGUUGCGUAACAGGGAUACGAGAUACGCGCACGUAUAACGUUUAUCGUGAAAACAGUGUUAUGCCGGUAAUAAAGAUAUCGGUGGAGCAGGAACGAGGAAUUUGGAUUUGUUUUCGGGAAAGUGGUGACUGACGACACGUUGGUGGAGGUCGCCUCCUCCAUGUCCGGUGAGAGGAGAAGGAGCCGCGAGUGAUCGAACGAUCGGGUGAAGAGCGGGGAAAAAGCGUUGGGAGAUAGCAGGUGAAUGUGACGAGCCCAUCAGGCGACGCCCGUGGGAACCCGUGCCUGGAUCCCUGGAUUUAAUGCACGCCGGAAAUCGCAGCAUGGAGGACAUAGUGACGGUGGGCAGCACGAGCACGCCAAGCACCAACACGGUUCACCCGGGCGUGAACGACAUGGACUGGUUCGCCGGUGUGGCCGAGGAGGAAUUGCUGUACUACACGGGCGUCGGGAACGACGUCGACUCGCUUUGGGCUGUGAUCGGGAGCUUCGUGCCACCGCCGCCUAGGCCGCCUUAUUUACCGGAGGAGGGUGUUACCACCGACGGACUCACCACCUGUGAUUUGUGCUCGUGGGCGUGGAGGAACGACAGGCAUUCCUUUUCCCUCGACGGCACUCUCGAAGCUCCUGGAGAACUCGGAUGGGUGCUGACUCUAGUGAUAGUGUCCUUAGUGUCGGCGGGUAUCGGCGCCGUGGUCAUGGUCACGCUUCUCCAUUGUCGAAGAUUGAAAAGCGCCGGCGGCAGAGCGAAUUGUUGCAACGUCGGCGUGGACGAUACGAACGCUCAGGAAGCCAGUGGCCCGGGUAGUGGAGGAGGAGCCGGAGGUGGAGUGGCGGUUAUACCCGAUCGGCCGCCUCUCGAACUCGACAAGCUGCCACCUUAUCACGAUGUCGCUCCUAGUCCUGGGCACAAUGUGUGGUCGUGGUUAGGCUCGCGACGCGGCGGCGGUACACCGGGAGUCGUGACGACGCCUCUGUCGCUUCCGCAACACAGACGAGCGAUGAAUCUGCCCGUGGAGAACCACUACACCCACAUGCAAACGGACGAAGCUCUAUACGCAGAACUGGACUCUCAGGCCGCGAGCUACGCGAGCGAUCUCCAGCUACAAAUGAGAGGAAGCUCGACGUACGGUACGACUUCCGGUGGCCAGGACGACGAGUAUCACGAGCUCGACGCCGCGAGGUUACAUCGUCAUUACGGCGGCAGCAACGGGGACGGAUCUCUGCAGAGGGACACGCUUCGUACGCGCCACAGCAAAAGGUUACAAGAACCGGAUUACGAGAUGUACGAGAACGGGCCGUCGACGCCAGUCCCGCCUGGUCAGAUGCAGCAUCACCACCACCACCACCACCACCACCACAAUCAUCACCAUCAUCAUCCCCAGGACCUACGCGUGGGUAGCAGGAACGGGGACCACCCGUCCUACCAAAACACCGCGUACACAGGAAGCGACGCGGAACCGGAUGGGCCGACGUUGAGCAGCGCGCCGAGCAGCGCCUAUUACAGCGACCUGAGCUCGAAUUCAGCGAAUCAACAGAUGCCACCGGCGGCCGCACCGGCCAACACGAAUCUCCACCUGAACCAGCAGGGAGGCCUGGAAACGCCUCAGUAUCGAUUGGCGGCGAUAAACGAGACCUCGGUACCCUCCGACUAUAUUUAGAACCAAAUUUCGAAGAAAGAAUUCGAGCGAGCCGCGUGUUUUCCUCGUAUUUAUCUUUCCUUCCUUCGAGCUCGAGCGAUCGAGAAAAAAAGAAGAAGAAGACUGAACGCGCUUUUUCCCAAGAUGACAAUCCCAACGACUCAGGACAUUACAUGCGUUAAGAGAUAUCGAGUAUUAGAGAUUAGAUUGCGAGGUUAGGUUUGCCAGGGGAAACGCGGAAAGGGAAUUCCUCGACGAUGAGAUUCACUCGGUUUACGGCGAAAUAGUGCCAUAACAAAUAGCCUCGUCGAUAUCUUUGAGAUUGGUUGGCGGACGCGGCGGAAAGCGAGAGGAAAAGAAAUCUCGAGCAGUUUUUCGAAAUUCUGUAAAAAGAAAAGGGAAAUUUUUAUCCGAAUAAAGUUGGGGAUUUUUAAAAAUGUGUGAGGGGUGUGAAUGUACGUGUGAAUAUUUAACGAGAUAAAUCGGUCACUGAAUCGUUAAAUACAAGGAUUGCCGGUAUCCUCCGUCAGGUUCGAUCCUCGUUUAUCUUCGAUACCUCGUUCGACGGUGGAAUUAAUUCGUUUCACCCGAUUCGGCAGGACUUGUUUAAUCGACGCCGUCGUGUCCUCUUAAUUACCUUCCCCUCGGACAGCCUCGAUUGUUCCUUCGACAGAACACGAACGAACAGUGGAGACGUUCCCCGCCCAACAGAUUCCCCGCGUUUUACGUCUUUCGUUCGUAUCUCACCCACCUUGUCGCAAUCGACGCGCACACCUUUCAAGAAUCCCCCUCUUUAAAUCUCCAAUUUCAAUUCGCCACCGAAGUUUAAAUAACUCAUCCAUUCGUCAUAAAUAAAUAAAGAAGAGGAGGAAAAUUUUGGUCGUUGCGAUUCAUUGUGGACUCUCAAAAAAUUCUUACAAACUUUCAAACUCUUCUUGCAUAACUCUGACCCACUAUGGACUCUCAAAAAAUUCUUACAAACUUUCAAACUCUUCUUGGAUAACUCUGAUCCAUUAUGGACUCUCAAAAAAUUACAAAGUUUCAAAUUCUCCUUGGAUAACUCUGACCCACUAUGGACUCUCAAAAAAUUCUUAAAAAUUUUCAAGCUCUCCUUGGAUAACUCUGAUCCAUGGAUUCUCAAAAAAUUCUAAUCUAAAUUGUAAUUCAAAUUAUUACAAAUUAUUAUUAAAGUAUUACAAAUUAUUACAAAGUUUCAAACUCUCUUUAAAUAACUCUGACCCACUAUAGACUCUCAAAAAAUUCUAAUCCAUUGUAAUUCUUAUUACAAAUUAUUACAAAGUUUCAAACUCUCUUUAAAUAACUCUGAUCCACUAUGGACUCUCAAAAAAUUACAAAGUUUCAAAUUCUCCUUGGAUAACUCUGAUCCACUAUGGACUGUGAAAAAAAUUCGAAAGAAAAAUAUUAUUACUAAUUUUCAAAUAUUACUCACAACUAACUCUCCUUAUUUAUCAUAAAAUCCUUAUUAUUAUAUAAAACACGGAUCGUAUACGAAUAAAUUUGGAAAGGGAAUCGAGGAAUGAAAUUUUUCGGCCACUUUGGUUUAAUCGACGUAAAUUAUGCGAAAGUGCCGCGUGCCCGUAAAUUACCAGUUCGGUGCGACAAAGAAUGGCAACGCUUCGUUGAACGGCCGAAAAAUCGUUGGCGGCUCUCCUCUUUAACAUACACGCGCGCAGGAGGAGAACGCGGAUCCGCGCAACAACAGAUGCAACGAUGCAACUUGCAAUAAUUAAUUGCGCCCCCGCGGUCACAAUGGCGGUAGGGAGGGAGAGAGAGCCGGUGGGGUGGCUGGCGCGCAUUAUUCCGCCACGGAAAAAAUCCCACGAACGAGGCGCGCUGUCCGAUCGCUGGUUUCUUAUCGUGUUACGCGAACGAGAACGGAUAUUAUGGAAUUCGUUUGGUGUCCACGCUUAAUUAAGGUUCCCCUUUCUUCCCCGACAAAAGGGGAUCUUCCGCAUUUCGCGUUUUCAGAUUCGCCAAGAAAUUUAUAUUCUCGUUAUAUUCGCCAAUCGAUUUUAGUUUAAGGCGUUUAAUUAUAUAUAUAGUAUUUUUCAAAAUAGCAACUUUAAAACGCCAAUGCAAGAAAAAAAAAGAAUGAUAAGAAAAUGAUGAUAAGAUGAAUUCUCCGUCCACGUUCCAUUUUCCAAAAUGCAAACUUUCCACUCUAUUCUCGAAAUUUUUCGAAGAAAUAUCAUUUCGUAAUAAAAAGAGAAAAAAAAAAUUCUUGUUGGCGAAAUUUCUGGAUCGACGUGGAACUUGGCCGUGGAACGAAGAGGGGAAGGUGGUGGAGGAGCGCGCACCAUCUUCGCCCCUGCUACGAGAUAUGUAAAUUAUACAUGUAAAUAUAGCGAGACAACCGAGCCCAGAAAGAUCGAACGGCGAGAUAUUGAGAUACGUGUUGGCGAUCCGCACACUUUCGCCUCUUCCUUUCGUCGAUUUUAUGCGAACGCUCCUGGUUAAAAGUCACCGGAUAUUUGUUGACUUUAAACGCAUAAAUUUAUCGAUCUAUUAAUCUGUUAACUGUGCAUGACGAGUAUACUCGCCGUCCCUUCAUUUUUCCUCCACACAAUUUGCAACAUUUUUAAAACACACCUAACAGAUUAAUAAUUCAAAUUUGUAAAUUUAUUUCUUUCGUCUAUCUUAAUUGCAAAUCGUAUACAAUUGCGUAUUUUCUAAACACAUAUUUAUAUUAGUAUAGUUAAAACAUAAGAUUUGCUUACAAAUAAGUCAACGUGUCACGUUGCAAUCCUAACGUUCAUUUGUAUGGUGCAAGUGUCCGGUGACUUAUGGACGAGAGUGUCUACGCCCGAAUACCUUUGUCGUCGCUCCGCCACCGAAAAAUGUCCUUAUCCCCACGCGCAUACCGCCAACCCGCCAAUUCCUAUGCAUUUUUCGCAUUACCGGUGAAAUCACGGCAGCGUUCCUCCUUGCCCGAGGAGAGUUCCCACAAUGGAAAAAUGUCGAGUGGAAUGAAACCCUUCUGCCCGGUUAAAUUGUUCAUCGACUGGUUUCGUCGUAUCGCGUGUCGUUUCGUUUGAAAAUUUAUCCGAUGUGGAUACCGCGAGGAAUUUCGAUCGAUCGAAACGAUGGAUUUCCCGUUCUUUUGUGAGAGAGAUUAACGCGAGCUAUGAUGGAAUUAGACAAGAUCAACAAUUUGUACGAACAGAUUCAUAUGAAAUUUAUUUUGACACUUUGUACAUGAGAGACUCGGGAAGAAAGUUGUGAUGACAAAUGACAAAGUGUCUGGUUUGAAAGAAUCGUUUUAAAAAGGAUAAAUUGAAAAGAGAUAUUAGAAGAGAUAAUAUUAAAAUUAAAAAAUUUUCUGCAUAAAUGAAACUUGUUUAUGGAUGAUAUGUAAAUUGUUUAUCGUGUUUCCUGCAGUUAUCUUGGAAAAGAAUCUCGCGUCUAUAUUUUUCUAUCGAGCCUCUCAUUCAUAGAUGUGGAAGUUAUCGAUAUAAUUUAUGCAAUGUCCUAUAUGAAUAAAGAGCGGCGCAAAAAUUGUGAUUAACCGUAUUGAAACUCUUAUUGCGUAAAGAUUUCUUACCGAUCGAUUAAAGUUAAAUGCAUCGUUACGAAACGACAGGAAAUACAAUGGAAAUACACGUGAGAUAAUUUAACGUAAAAAAGUUGAGAGAAUGGAAAGAGCGUGAUGAUAAUCACGCCAAUGAUAUAUUAAAAUUUUGUUACAUCAACGUUCCUAGAAACGUACGAUUUCUAUUUUUGUGAUGUGAUGUUUCUUGCCACUAAUGUAAUAUAAAUCUAGCCGAUUUUAAAGACAAUGUAUAAAAACUCACUUGAUGCGUGAAAUUGUAAAGAGAAAAGAAAAUUUGCUUAUAUUGUGUAAUUAAUGUUAAUUAUAGAUAUGAAACGGUGCUAAGAAUGAAUUAUCGUAUUUGUAAUUGGAUAUUUUAUAAUUUAUAUAUUGUUGUUCUUUAACAAGAUUAGAAAAAAUGUUGAAAUCAACAUUCGUUGUUAUUGUGCAAAAAUAUUGGGCGAGUGAAAACAAAUAAAAUAUUUUUUGAUAAUUCUACAGUGCAACAAAGUAUUAAGAUUAGAACAACUAUGAACACAACAUAUUGUAUAUAACAUUGUAAAUUGUAAAGAAAUUUAUUUUAUUUUCAUAUAUAUAAUCGUGAAACGCUUGUGUACAUGAAUGGAUAUUCUGUGCGCAAUUAAGUCAAUUAUUGUGACCAAUUUUUAAAGGCAUUGCACUUUUUGUAUGUAAGAAAAUGUACAGUGAAUAAAAACAAAUUUCAUCUAUGA